UGAAGAAGAGACGACGACUUUGAUAUUCCUAAUGUCAUUCUCAAGGUUAAGCUCUUCUCUCCGUCUCUCUGUUAUCAAGUUUCCUCCUUUUCUUCUCUAUUUUCCUUCAUCCUCACUCCAAAUCCGAUUCAUUCACAAUAUUGAUGUUGAUGAUGCUGUUGCCUCGUUCAAUCGCAUGCUCAAUACGCGUCCUUCCCCAUCCAUUAUUCAAUUUACCAAGAUUUUGGGGUCACUCGUUAAGAACAAGCAAUUCCACACUGCCAUUUCCCUUCUUCAAGAAUUGGGAUUCAAGGGAAUGGAGCCAGACAUUUUUACUUUUAACAUUCACAUCAAUUGUUUAUGCCAACUGCGUCAUAUGACCUUAGCUUUCUCGGUAUUGGCCAAGAUCUUCAGAUUGGGUCAUCAGCCUAACAUCGUAACCUUCUCUACACUCAUGAAUGGUAUGUGUCUUGAUGGCAACGUUAGAAAAGCACUGCAUUUUCACGACAAGAUGGUAGCUCGAGGAUUUCAGAUGAACCAAUUUAGUUACGGGAUUCUGAUCAAUGGAUUAUGUAAAAUGGGAGAAACAAAAGCUGCCAUUCAAUUGCUUAGAAUGAUUGAAGCGCGAUCGAUUCAGUCUAAUGUGGUAAUUUACAGUACAAUCAUUGAUAGCUUAUGUAAAGAUAAACUUUUGACCGAGGCAUGUGAUCUUUUUUCAGAAAUGAUUGUCAAGAAAAUUUAUCCCAACUUUGUCACUUACAGUAGUCUAAUGUAUGGCUUUUGCCUUUUGGGUCAAGUGAAGAAAGCAGUUGGUUUGUUCAAUGAAAUGGUAUUGAAAAGAAUCAACCCAAAUGUUUAUAUCUACAACAUAUUGGUUGAUGCACUGUAUAAGCAAGGAAAGGUGAGAGAAGCUAAAAAUGUGUUAGCUGUGAUGAUAAAAGAUGGUGUGAAACCUGAUGUUGUUACGUAUAAUACUUUGAUGGAUGGCUAUUGCUUAGUUAACGAAGUAAAGAAUGCCAAAUGUGUAUUCAACAACAUGAUCCGAAAUGGAGUAAUCCCUGAUUUGCAUAGCUACAGCAUAAUGAUUAGUGGAUUAUGCAAGAUUAACAUGGUGGAUGAAGCCAUGGAUCUCUUUGAAGACAUGCAUUGCAACGGUAUGGUUCCAAAUACAGUAACUUACACUUCUGUUAUUGAUGGUUUGUGCAAAUCAGGAAGAGUUUCUUAUGUUUGGAAGCUUAUUGAUGAGAUGAAUGACAGAGGUCAACAUGCUGAUAUAAUUACCUACAGUUCCCUACUAGACGCAUUAUUCAAAAACCAUCAUUUAGAGCAGGCAAUAGCAUUAUUCAAUAAAGUAAUAGACAAGGGCAUUCAUCCAGAUGCAUAUACAUACACAAUACUUAUUGAUGGACUAUGCAAAGGCGGAAGACUCAAGGAUGCACAAGAGAUUUUCCAGGCCAUUUUGAUUAAUGACCAUGUGGAAGCAUAUAAUGCUAUGAUCAAUGGGCUUUGUAAGGAGGGCUUGUUUGAUGAAGCAUUAGCCUUGUUGUCAAAGAUGGAAGACAAUGGUUGCAGCCCUAAUGCUAUAACUUUUGACAUAAUGAUCUGUGCUCUCUUUGAAAGAGGUGAGAAUGAUACAGCUGAGAAACUUCUUCAUGAAAUGGUUGCUAGAGGCUUAUUCUGAGAUUAAAACUAAUGCUUUCCACUUACACUUGUUAUGGAACAUUUUCUCAAGAAUCAUAGCUGGCAUGUGGCUCAAAACCAUGAGAAAUCCAGAUGUCAAACUUGUGAAGGAAUAAGCAUAUCCAGUUUCCUUUUCUUCUGCUGCAUUCUCUACUUCCCUUCCUUGAUGGACCUUCCUGAUCUAGCAGCAACCACCCUUAAGCCCAUCUAAGCCAUCAACAACAAUCCCAGCAUUCCCACAACAAUCUGAUGUUGCAGUGUGCCCUCUUACACUCUCAGAUGAGUUCUUUGAUGGGAUAAAAGUGCAUGUGGUGUCACCAAAGAUGAUGGUGACAAGGAACUGCACCACAGUUGGUACUGCCCAGUGCUUGCAGCAUUGCUGUAUUCUGCGUACUCUUACAUUGCACUUGGCAUGACCAUGGCCAUGCCACAUCAUUAUAUGACAUGAUGCCUAUGCUGUCAGAUGACUCAGAAACCUGGGUGAAUGAGUUGGGAAAGGUUUUGAAAGUAAGAGGCUUUUAACUGACAAGGCCUAAUGAAACAUGUUAUGUGUAUUGUUUUUGUGGCAUUAGGCUCCACCCCUUGAACUGCCCUGAUGCAUUUUCUCUGAGCCAAAGUGAAGAACUUGUUGUGGAUGCAAGUGUGAGAGGGUUGGAGAAGAAUUGCUUCAGUAGCACCACAAAUGUUAAUGGUUUUCCUGGUCGGUGUUCCAAGUGCUUAAAUAGCCUUUAUUUGGUGAGUUUUCCUUAUUAAAAAAAAAAGUUUUUUUUUUAUAUAGGAUAUCUUUUCGUGAUUUUGCUUUGUUCAUUGUGAGUUGGAGUUUGAUGGAUCUUGUUGAAAAUUGAAGAUCAAGAUGGUUUGUUUUUCAUCUUCAUUCAUUCUUGGUAUUUAGUAAAAUUGUCUCUUU